CACGCACCGAGGGGGAGACCAUGCCUGGAGUGGCAGCGGUGGAGGAGGUGGUGGCGGCUCUGGUGGCGGUGCCCGGCCGCGGCUCCACGGGAUAGCGCCGCGCACCUCGCCUUCCCGGCCGAGGCUGGAGCGGCGCGGCUUGUCUAACUCUACCUUGAGCCAAAUUCCUAGACUGGUUGGUGCUUUCUCAUGGGAUCCCUGUGACUGACAAAGGAGAGCUUGUUGUGACUGCUCUGCAAUGACUACAGCAAGAUAUAGGCCUACCUGGGACUUGGUACUUGACCCACUAGUGUCCUGCAAGCUCUGCCUUGGUGAAUAUCCCGUGGAGCAGAUGACAACAAUAGCACAAUGCCAAUGCAUCUUCUGUACCCUGUGCCUAAAACAGUAUGUGGAACUUUUGAUCAAAGAAGGUCUAGAAACAGCAAUCAGCUGCCCUGAUGCUGCUUGCCCAAAGCGAGGUCAUCUGCAAGAAAAUGAGAUUGAGUGCAUGGUUGCAUCAGAAAUAAUGCAGAGGUAUAAGAAGCUACAGUUUGAAAGAGAAGUGCUUUUGGAUCCGUGUCGGACUUGGUGUCCAUCCUCUACUUGCCAGGCAGUUUGCCAGCUCCAGGAAUCAAGCCCUGAGGACCCCCAGCUGGUCCAGUGCAAAGCCUGCGACAUUGAGUUCUGCUCUGCUUGCAAAUCUAAUUGGCAUCCAGGUCAAGGCUGUCAGGAGAACAUGCCAAUCUCUUUUCUUCCAGGAGAAACAAGUUCAGUUUUUAAAAUGGAAGAAGAUGAUGCUCCAAUCAAGCGCUGUCCAAAGUGUAAAGUUUACAUUGAACGGGAUGAAGGCUGUGCCCAAAUGAUGUGUAAGAACUGCAAGCAUGCCUUUUGCUGGUACUGUCUGGAAUCUCUCGAUGAUGACUUUCUCCUCAUACAUUACGACAAAGGACCUUGUCGAAAUAAGCUGGGACACUCCAGGGCAUCUGUUAUCUGGCACAGAACACAGGUGGUAGGAAUUUUUGCAGGAUUUGGUCUUCUGCUUUUGGUGGCCUCCCCUUUCCUUCUACUUGCUACACCAUUUGUUCUGUGCUGCAAGUGCAAAUGUAAUAAAGGAGAUGAUGACCCUCUACCUACCUAGACCGAGAGAAGACUAGACUCAUCACAACGUGUUUUGAUUUUAUUAUUGCUGUUGAUGUUUCCCUCGUGCACUUACGUUGCUGUAGCCUUACUUGCCCCGUUCUGCUUUUCGUUGACUCACAGUCUUGGUUCCAGGAACUGUUGCAUAGAUGAAAUGAUAAUAGACAAGGAGGGUAAUAGAAGGCAAGUUUGGUGCUUCAGGGAGACCAUGGACCCAGAUAGCUAUCUGAAAUGAAAAAGUGAUACUGCUAAAAGUAAUACAAAAGGUUUCUCUAGCCCUGCUGGUGGACUGGGAACUGUACUGAAUGACAUCAGCAACACAAGAUAAAAAUGCACACAAAUCUAAACUUUCUGCAUAUUUGUUUGCUUCAAAAUUCAGUGUCUUAUUCCUGUAUAUAUUUAAGUUGCCUGUCAUUUAAAUCAGUUAGUCAGUUUUGUUUGACUUUACCAUGUUUAUUACUUAUGUUUUUGUUAAUGCCAUCACAACAUCUUUUUUAAUGCAUAUUUUUCCAAGUAUAACAAAGUCAAUAAGGUGCAUAUAGGCCAUCCUAUGCCUUUCUUGAAAUUUAAGGAGGGACAAAGGGACAAAGUUGGUCCUGUUGCCUUCCAGAAAUUUUUUGAAGUCUUACUAGAAAUCUGCUUGAAAGUACAUUUUUAAAACAAACUGAUGAAUCUGUAAGGUUGAGUGGUGACACAAACCUGCUAUCUAAUCAAGGUUCUUUUAAAAAUGCAUUGAUGGUAUUGAUUACCACUGGACCACUAGUUUCUCUGAAUUGUUUUUUGCUGUUGUUUAGGGUUCUGCUACACUUACAGGGCUACAUAACUUCUAAUCCAGGUAUCUUAAUCUUUUUAUAUAUAUAUAUAUAUAUAUAACCCUAUUUAAACCAAAUGUGUAAAUAGCUGUGCUAUUGAAAUAUUUUGGAAGUUCAGAUUAGCUUGCUUACAUCUUUAGGGCACUUAUUAAAAAAUACAGCAUUAAUUUUACUAUUUAGCAGAUGCUUGGGUUAUCAGUGAAUCUUUCCUUCUAAGUAUAAAACUACAUCAAGAUCAUCAUUGUAGUUAAUAAUAAAAAAUGCCUGGAAUAUUUGUGGACGUUGUACUUAACAUUUAAACUUCUUAGGCCAUUUUCAGAGUUAAUAUAUGGUGUAUGCUGUUAAUAACAAUACUGUGAUGAAACAAUUUUUCAUUUGACAAGUAAUCACUGACUGAUAUGAUAGUUUUGCAGAAUUCAGUGCUGUGUUUCUCCAGGGUAGUAAAGUAUGCUAGUCAACAUAGAGUGUUAAUCAUUGUAGUUUCUCUUUAGUAAUAUUUUGUUGGAAAUCAUUUUGCUCUGAUUUUAAAGCUGGCAGAAAUUUGACUAAUAACAUCUCUCCACAAAAGAUGAAGCACCUGAAUCAAUGUGUAUGUCUGUGUGUAAUACUGGAGGAAAACCUUCUGAAUGGCAUGGAGACAAAAGUUUGACUGCGUUUUAUCAUCAUUUAUUUCUGUGCUUUAUCAGGGUACUGAGGCUGAUGAAUAUAUUGAAGCCAGGAUAACUUUGCACUGAAAAUGCAUUAAGACCUUUAAAUGCAACUGUUUCUGGCUGCUGUUACAGGCUGGGAAUUUGUUUUCAUAUCUCAAGCAUAAGGAAAUUACUACUUUUUAAAUUCUUUUAUUUUACACUGUCCGUCUGUUAAAUAAAAAGACUGUAGGGUAUAAUUCCAAAACAGGCCACUGUCUUUUUAUGAAACUACACUUGAAUUUCUUCUCCCUUUCUUCCAAGUUUAAUGGUAUCCAAAUUCAAACUAUAUCUAAGCACAGAUCUUAGCUGCAGGAGCUGAAGAUCACCUGCAAUGCACUUAUUUGGCUUGAUUUUAAUGAGUUCAGCCAUUAUAUUGUGAAGAAAAAGGAUAGCGGGUUACCAGCAAGUCUGAACUCCUUGGGAUGCGUUCAGAUUGUUUAUGGCAAUGGUUCAAAUCUGUACUUGUAAUAUUGACUUUUUGUUAUCAUAGUAUUUUGAGUAUGUCUUCGUUAUUAAAAAUUGCAUAGCUGUUCCAAAAUAUCUGUAGGAAAGUCUGGGUAAUGCAUUUGAUCAUGGUUGCAAAGUAUUGUGUAAGCCUGGGCUGCCCCACGUCCCAGCUUCCAUCCAUUGCAAAAGCAAUGGAACAAAUGUCCUUCUGUGAAGGACAUCUUCCUGCAGGUAAGCUCAUAAGACAGGGUGGGAAAGCUUGAGUUACGGUCUUUAAUCCUUGGUCCUGUAAUUCUAUUUAAAUGCAGAAAAAGAAAUGGGCGAAGGGACAUAAGAUUUCCUAGGUUGUUAAUGUUCUCUACUGGGAGCAGUAAGGAAUUUACCUGUAUGUGGCAGUGCCUCAUGCCUAAUGACCAGUUCUACUGGGAUGAUAGGAAACAGCUGAGGUGCAGCAGCCUGCUAGCAGUACCUGGAGUGUCCUGGUUUGAGGUUUGUUUUCUACUGUGCCUUUCUUAGAGACAGCCUCUCUGUGGCAAUAUAGCAAGGCUGAAGAUUUCCACAGUAUUGUGUGGCCAGUUAAUAAUCAAUGUCAAAAAUAAUGCAUUUCCAGAUUUAAAAAAGGGAAAGACAAAAAUGUGGACACUUACAGUUGUAUACAAUUGAUGCUUGCAGUUAACAUAAUGUGUGUAAUCAGAAAACUGUAUUUCUGUUAGCAUCUCUCUGUCUCUCAUCUCAACAUACUUGAAUUGCUGGAGAUUUUUAUGAUAUAGCUUUUGAUUCAUCAUAUCCUGUCUAUUGGGAUAGACUAUAUGCCUACAUAUAUUUACCAAAUACCUAAAAUUUUCAGGUAUGCUAAAUAUCAUUCCGUCUAUGUUCUCGGGGAUUUCUUUUAAUGUUGUUUUGUUUCCAAAGUAGCAUACUUCUGUCAGUAAAGCAUUGAGUUUAGGGUGUUUUUAUGUUACAGCUUCUGUUGACAGUGUGACAUUUAAUACCCUGAAGCUGAACUGUAAAUACAUUAUUAUAAACUCUGACAUUUAAGCCCCCUGUCAUGGAGAAGUGAAUGUUUGUUUGCUUUUCAGCUGAAACUCUUGUUACAACAGCUUUGUCUUUUUAGAUUUACACCUGAAAAAUAAGAUUUAUUGCAUGAUUUCUGUUGCAUUUUUAUAGCUAUAUGCUAUUAUUUAGUUUGCAAUGUCUUAAAUGCUGUUUUUAAUGUAGUUUGUGACAGUACAUUAUUUGCACGUUCUGUUGGGGUGAAAUAGUGAGCAUGGGUCUGGGUGUGGAGUCCAGACUCCAGAAACUUUGCAUCUCCCAGACUUGCCAUUAGUUGGGCUGAAAUCAGUUCAGAGAGAGAUCAGCAGCACAGCCCUCACCGACUUCAAUGGCAGUAGCAUUGGGUCUUCCCUACGUGACACUGGGCAGGUCACUUAUCUCUUUUUCUCCCAGUUUAGUCAUCCUUUAAAUGGAUGGACCAAUGUUCACCUACCUCACAGGAGGGUUGUGACGACUAAUUCAUUGGCUUUGAGACUCUUCAAGAUUCUCUGAUGAAAGACUAUUUAAAUGCUUACAGUAGCUUGAUGUUAAUAUUUCAAUUUUAUUCACAUUGGCUUUCAUUCUAAAAGCUCCUACUACUGACAUUAGCAUGCCAAUAAUUUGGGAUGCUUUUCCCCCACAUACCAAGCAGCAUGAUUUUUCCUCAAAUACUCUGGCUUAUGAAUUAGGCAGAAUCCUAAAUAAGUACUGAAUGGUACAACUCUCAGCUUACAAUUGAUGUCCUGACAUGCAGGAAACACAAUCAAAAUUAGAGAAAAGCUCUUUUGUUUAUGGACAAAAUAAAAAUAUUCAUGUAUCAGAAAAAGAUGAAGAGCUUUCAAUUUAACAUUGUUAUGGGCAGAAAAAUAUAAAUGAAGUUUUAUGCAUUUAAUCUGUAGUCUUUUUACUGUAGAGGGAUAAAUAUGUUUAAUACAGGCAGUUUUCAUCCCAGUAAGUUGCAGCAUGCAUAAAGCUUUGUGCAGGUUUAUUUUUUAAAACCAAAAUUCAGACAUUUCACAUAUAAUCUGCAGUCCUGAGAAAAACAGGUGGAAUGUGUGGUGGUUGUUGAUGACAGUAAUAUUAAGAACAUCAAAAAAGCCUGCAUCAGUGCUUAAUUGCUAAUGCACUUAUACUAAGUAAGGCAUGCUGUUUGUGUUUAGAGCCCUGUGGUCUUCAUUAUUGCUUUGAUUUGUGUAUCUCUUACAAGAAUUCCAGGAACAUUAGGUACAGGUACGUGGUACAAAACUGAACCUUUCUUGAUCAUUUUAUCAUGGAUGUAUUUUAAACAUGCAUAGGGUAAGCAUGAAGGAGUCAUGCGUAUGUAUAAAUAAUGUAUUCGACCAGUGUAAAAAUAGUUCUGUUGAUGUAUUGAAAUGUAAGUACAUUUUGUGCCACUAACACUGUGAUGUAUAAAAGAGCUGUUGAAUGCCUUUUAAUGUUGUGUUUUGUACUUUGAAUCAUAUUGAAGAGUUUAAUUUGUAAUUUGAAUAGAUAUUUUAAAUGAA